UGCGGGACAUGCUGAAGACGGAUCAACACUUAGCUGGCCCACGACCACGGCCACGGCCAGGACGUUCUUGAACAGACCACUAUUAUGAGAGUAGUGUUGUACUAAAUCACUUUUGUUACUUCUCUGCAUACAGUUAUCAACUAGAAGAAAAUUCUGGAUAUCCUUUUCAAGAUGUAUAUACAUCUAGCAACAAGUCAGCGCCUUUGCAUGCAUGGAUUGUGAUCCCAGAGGUGUGGUGAUAACAAACAACUACGCAACCGUGACCAGAGGAACGUGACCUUGUCUGUGUCAGAGUAACUAGGACGCGAUUGAUUGAAGAUGUGAAUCAAGUCAAGGGCACAGACGUAGCGGGAGUGUGGGCAUGAGUGAGGACGUCGCACGGCCUCGGGGCCCAAGGGGGGCAGCGAGGGGUGAGGGUGACCUCAGCAGCACACCCUUUGCAGUGCCAUGACCACCUGCCCAGGCUGUCAUGACGCCCCCCACCGCAGACCAUGCUUGGCCCCCAGCUUCCCCCACCCAGCUGGCAUCUACACUACUGACCUCUCUCCAACACGUGACGUCAUCUGCUAGAUUAUUUCUGACUGGGUGCUUUCAGUGUCAGUUCCUGAAAGCAGGGUGCUGGAGACGUCAGGAUGAACAGGAUGGAGCCUGGUUUGACUGUGAUAAGUUGCAGGUGGAGCAUCCCUACUGCUACGUUAAUCCCUUGGCUGUAUCCGAGGCGAACUCUACUGCGGCUCCAUUUCAACCACCUCUUCCCCAGGCUGCAGCCCUGGCACUUAAGUCCUACUCUGCGAGUGCAUUCAAGACCUCGCCCCAAAGGUCACCAGGCAGUGGUCUUACUCCCCGUGGUCUUAGCACGCAAUCCGCAGAUACUCUCCCAAAACAUUUAAAAAAAAUUAAUAUCAAUGGCGGCCUCGUCUCUGAAACUGAGUGGACGCAAGAAGAUAAUGAGAGCUCAGAGGAAAACUCACCGCUUAGAGACAGAGUCGCCCUGAAGGACGGAGUGGCCAGGUAUAUCAGGGAACAGGGAGCCACCACCCCGCUGGUGGAGUCCUUCGCUGCCAAGCUCGAGGCUGAUUUGAAGAGAAUAGAGCAUGACCGUCAGAGGGCCGAGGGUGAGGUACUGGAAGCGGCUUCAGCAGCAGACAUUGACGACUUGCUGCACGAGCAAAACAGUCCCAAGGGCUGCUUGGACGCAGUGUUCCUCACAGGGACGUCUUCCAUCUUUCCCUACGAAGACAUCGAGGAAUCCACCGCUCUACAGACGGAUGUGUGGAAGUCUACCGAGUUGGAGGAUGUAUUUGAGUGCUACAACAUAGCAGCCUUCUACUCCUACGGAGCCACCUUACCGACUGCAGAGAAGUUUGCAUCAAAAGUUCGUGGAGAAAAGUUCGAGGAAGUAUUUCCCGUCUCUCACCAUCACCACAAUAACAACAACAACAUUAAAGUCUACAAAGAGGAGGGUAGCUCUGAUAGUCCCCUGCCUCUAUUGGUACUCGAUAGGGACGAGGUAGUCAUAGAAAGUUCAUGUGCAACUUUUGAAAAUAAAGAAGACCUACCAGCUUUAGAGCAUGAACUAAAGCAAUUCAUACAUGCUUGCGUCCUCGGGGAAAAUAUUACAGAGGUGGAUAAAAAGUAUUCUUUUAUGAAGUGUAAUAAGAACAGAAACUUUAAGGAUGUCAUAAACUUCAGUGGAAAAAGCUUUAAUAAGUUAUUAAUCUUCAAUCUAGUCAAAUCUGUUAUGUCUGAGUGUGCUGCCCAGUACCCGCAUUCGCUAUCCCUGUGCGCCACUUACCCAGUACAUCUAGUACAAAGAAAAGUAACAAAAGUGAUGCUCAAGGAGGACAGAAUCGAGGACAAUCUGUGUGGCCUUCAAAUGUUCCACAGCCCUGCCCUCCAGAUGCAACAGGAGAAGAAGUUUCAGCGUAAGCUUGUGGAGAGCGUGGCAGCAAGUGAGGUUAAAGGGGAAGAUAGGCAAUGGCAGAACUUCAGCAAUGAGGAGCAGGAUAUGAAGGAAACAAUUUUUAACGAAAUGCUCCAUGAUCUCAUUAAUGAUACCACCGAUGUGUUCAAGGAAUUAGUGGCAAAAAAACAAACACUGAGUCAAAAGUCGGAAGGAGAAAAGAAACUACAGACAGGCUACUGAAUAAGGCUUUCUACCGCCUCAGGAUAGUAAUGGCGCGACUACAUACUCGUAAUUGCCUAAGGAACAGGUCCUAACAGUAACGGUGCCGUGCGAAAUCAGUCUACCCACUAAACUGUGUCACCAGAACUCCA